AUGGCGAUGUCGGCGGUGCCGCUCGGCGUGCUGCUGCGGCGGGAGGUCACGAGCAAGGGCGAGGACAUCACGCUGCGCGUCGCUGGCGACCCCUCCACCUCCUUCUCCGUCUUCGCGCUGUUUGAUGGCCACCAUGGAUCUGGAGCGGCCAUAUACGCAAAGAGCAAUCUGCUGAACAAUGUCCUGCGUGCAGUGCUUCCACGCAGGGAUGACUGGCUUGCAGUGCUUCCACGUUCACUCGUUGCAGCAUUUGUCAAGACAGAUAAGGAUUUGCAAGCCGCAGCUGAAAGUUCUGGUACAACUGUGACAUUUGUGAUAAUAGACGAGUGGGUUGUAACAGUAGCAUCGGUUGGUGAUUCACGCUGCAUACUAGAGUCAGCUGAUGGUUCCCUAUACCAUUUGUCAGCUGAUCAUCGCUUUGACUCCAACCGAGACGAGGUGGAACGUGUAACUGCAUGGGGAAGCAAGGUUGGACAACUGAAUGUUGUUGGUGGUCCAGAGGUUGGUCCUUUAAGAUGCUGGCCAGGUGGUUUGUGCCUAUCUAGAUCAAUCGGGGAGAUGUAUGUUGGUGAAUGCAUCAUCCCUGUUCCUCAUGUGAAGCAAGUGAAGCUAUCCCAUGCUGGAGGCAGAAUUAUCAUUGCAAGCGAUGGUGUAUGGGAUGAUUUGACUUUUGAAAUGGCUCUUGAAUGUUCUCGUGGAUACCCUUCUGAUAUAGCGGCCAAUCGAAUUGUCAAUGAAGCAAUCCUACCUCGAGGACUAAGAGAUGAUACUACCUGCAUCGUGGUGGACAUACUACCUCCAGAAAAACUAGCUCCUAGUCCUCCAACAAAGUGGCAGGGGAAAACCGUACUCAAUAAUAUGUUCCGCGUUGAUCUGAAAAAUAACAUAGAAUAUGCUGAGCCGGAUGUGGUGGAAGAAAUAUUCGAGGACGGGUCUGCCAUGCUUUCAAGAAGAUAUAUUCUCUGGCAGUUUCAGACCGACUUCAAUGCAGUGCAGCUCUUCAGCUCUGAGAUAAAUAGGAACGCACUAGCAACUACAGUUGAUAGUUAA